AUGUUUAAAAUUAAAGUGGUUGGAGACAUUGUGCUUAUUAAAACAGGAGAUCAGGGUAUUGUGAUUAAUACUGGAGAUCUGACUGUGGUUGGAAGGUUAGCAGCGUACAGUGUUGAUCAUGAGAGAAAGGAUACUCCAAUAUCUCAGGAGAUAACUAACUUUAUGCACGUGAUCACCAUGACAGCUUGCUGCGCCGGGGUCUUCUUCUUCGUAAUCGCUUUCCUCGUGGGGUACUACUGGAUCGACGCGAUCCUUUUCAUGAUCGGGAUAAUCGUUGCUUGUGUCCCAGAAGGAAUGUUAGCAAUUGUUACAAUCGCGCUGAGUGUAACGGCUAAAAGAAUGUCCAGUAAAAAUUGUCUGGUUAAGAAUCUCGAGUCUGUAGAGACCCUGGGUGCUACCUCUGUACUAAUCACUGAUAAAACUGGAACCUUGACCUGCAACAAGCUGACCGUAGCUCAUGUCUGGUUCGAUAAUCAGAUAGGAGAGAUAGAUACUGCAGCUUUACAGAACCCAGCAAUCUCGUUUGACACAAUGAACUCUACCUGGAAGAACAUGGCCAGGGUUGGGAUUCUCUGUAAUAAUGCGGAAUUCGAGGAGGGAUCUGCUGGGUCACCCGUUAUGCAUAGGAGAACUAUUGGAGAUCCAACAGAGACAGCUCUACUGCGCUGUGUAGAAGCUAUAGAGGGAGAUGCACAGAUGUUCAGACAGAUGCACAAGAAACUAGUGCAUAUUCCCUUUAAUCCAGAUUCUAAGAUACAGGUAAGUGUGCAUGAGUGUCAGGACUUUAAGGCUAACGGAUAUCUCGCCUGCCUUAUUGGAACUCCCGAUGUUGUUCUCCAGCGCUGCGCAAGCGCGCUGGUCAACGGGCAGGACCGCCGGAUUGAUCAGGAUUACAAGAACGCCUUCUACUACGCCUUGAACGAGAUGGCGGGGCUGGGUGAAACGGUUAUAGCGCUGGCGGAUGCUAGACUUCCUCCGCAGAAGUUUCCACCAGGAUUUAAGUUCAAUGGACAUCAGGUUAAUUUCCCUAUUAACGGAUACCGUCUUCUUGGUCUGGCCUCUAUGAUUGACCCGCCGAAAGCCUCCGUUCCCGACGCAAUCGCCAAAGUACGAGCGGCGGGCGUUAAAGUGAUCAUGGUAACCGGUGAUCAUCCGAGCACUGCCGUAGCGAUCGCCAAAUCUGUCGGAAUAAUAGGGCUUGAAUCUCCUGUGACCUCGGUCACCUUAACCUCUUGCCCAACCUCUAAUAUCCCUGCUGGUCUCGUGACCGGCGAGGAUCUGGAGACCCUGAGCCCCGACCUUCUGGAGGACACCCUCAUGAGAACCGAAGAGCUCAUCUUUGCCCAGGUCAAGCCGGAGCAAAAACUUCAGAUUGUUGAAACCUGUCAACGGCUCGGCGCCGUCGUAACAGUCACCGGAGACGGAAUUAACGAUGCCGCUGCAAUUCGACGCGCGGAUGUUGGUAUCGCCAUGGGUAACGGUGCAGCGUAUACUGUGAAGUGCGCUGAUAUCGUUCUUUUAGACGAAAAUUUUGCCUCCAUCGUGAGCGGUAUAGAAGAGGGACGGUUAAUGUUUGAAAACCUGAAAAAGAUCUUACUCUACAGCCUUGCAAGUAACGUACCGGAAAUGGCCGCUUUUCUUCUCUCUAUGCUGGCCCAACUUCCUCUUCCUUUGGGUAUCCUCGCGAUCCUCUGUAUUGACCUCGGAACCGACCUCCUGCCUGCAGUCAGCCUUGCUUUUGAAGAGGCUGAGAUGGAUUUGAUGCGUCAUAAACCUAGAAAUCCUCUAAAUGAUCAUCUGCUCAGCGAACAGCUUCUAUUCCUCUCCUACGGUCAACUUGGGCUUAUUCAGGCUGCUAGCGGGUUCUUUACGUACUUUGUUAUCAUGGCCGAAAAUGGAUUCUGGCCAAGUAGACUGCUUGGUCUGAGGAGAUCUCUUGAGUAUACAUGUCAGGCCGGAUUCCUUUUCUCCGUUGUAGUUGUACAAUGGGCAGCUGUUAUACAGGCACGAAGCAGACGAUUAUCAAUAUUCUCUCGACCCUUGAACAAUUGGAUCCUUAAUUUCUCUCUCUUCUUCGAGACUCUCCUGGCUAUUCUAGUAAUAUACAUACCAGGAACUGAACAGGGCCUGCAACUGGCCCCUAUGUGGCCGAUCUGGUGGUUACCUGGUCUGGCCUUCUCCAUGAUAUUGAUCGCCUACGAAGAGCUGAGAAAAGCGAUCAUCAGAAAACACAAAGGAUCGUGGAUAGACAAGGAGACAAGAUUCUAA